AUGCUCCCCGUCGUCUCCUGCGCCGACACGACCGCGAGCCACUGGCAGAACUUCACGAACGCGGUCGUCGUCUACCUCCUCCUCUCGCGCACCCUCAAGAUCUCGCGCCACCUCCGCGCGCGGGGCAUCGUCCGCACUGUCCGCGAUUUCUACAAAUGGGUUCUCCAGGAGGCGAUCCUGCUCGCGCUGCGCUUCCCGUCCGCGAAGAAACAGGUCGACGAGAAGCUCGGCAAGGCGCGCCUCGAUGUCGAGGCGAAGAUGGUGCCCCAGGGCCCCGGCAUCACCCGCUACCUCUCCCUGCCCGCCCAGGGCCACGACAAGGACUGGAUCCUCGCCGAGAUGGCGAGGAUGGACACGCUCGUCGCCACACAUACCGACUGGCACGACGGCAAGGUCUCCGGCGCCGUGUACCACGGCGGCGAGGACCUACAGAAGGUCCUGGUCGCCGCGUUCGACCGGUACUGCCUCUCGAACCCGCUCCACCCGGAUGUGUUCCCGUCGGUGCGCAAGAUGGAAGCGGAGGUCGUCGCCAUGUCGAUCAUCAUGGCCGUGAAGACGUACCGCGACUGGGCGCGGGCGACGAAGGGCAUCACGGAGCCCGAGAUGAUUGUCCCCGUGUCUGCGCACGCCGCGUUCGACAAGGGCGCGGACUACAUGGGCAUCAAGGUUCACACUAUCCCGAUCGACCCCGACACUCGCCAGGUCGAUCUCAAGAAGGUCCGGCGCGCUAUCAACAGCAACACGAUUAUGCUCGUUGGCUCGGCGGUCAACUUCCCGGAUGGCUGCCAGGACGACAUCGUCGCGCUCGCAAAGCUCGCGCACAAGCACAAGAUCGGCAUGCACGUCGACUGCUGCCUGGGAAGCUUCAUCAUGCCUUUCGUCAAGGAGGCCGGCUUCCCUGUCCGCCCAUUCGACUUCUCUGUACAGGGCGUCACCAGCAUCAGCUGCGACACGCACAAGUACGGCUUUGCGCCCAAAGGUAACUCGGUGAUCAUGUACAGAGAUGCCGAGCUGCGCCGUUUCCAGUACUACGUGAACCCCGACUGGAUGGGCGGCGUGUACGCCAGCCCUAGCAUCGCCGGCUCUCGCCCUGGGGCGCUCAUCGCCGGAACUUGGGCUGCGAUGCAAUAUAUGGGCCACUCCGGCUACCUCGAGUCCUGCAAGAGCAUCGUCGGCGCCGCGAAGACGAUCGCGCAGCGGAUCCGGAGCGAGAUCCCGGAGCUGCGCAUCCUCGGCGACCCGCCCGCGUCCCUCGUCGCGUUCGCCGCCGCGAAGGGCGUGACGAGCUUCAACGUGCACGAGGUCGGGGACAUGAUGAGCAAGAAGGGGUGGCACCUCAACGCGCUCUCGAACCCGGCCGGGCUCCACAUCGCCUGCACGCGCCUGACGGUGCCGAUGGUCGACAACCUGAUCGCGGACCUCAAGGACGCGAUCAGCGAGGCGAAGCUCUCGCCCUCGGGCGAGGGCACGAUGGUCACGGUCUACGGUCUCGGCGAGUCGAGCCCCGUUGGGUACACCAUGGUCGGGCACGUCGCGACCGCGUUCCUCGACACGCUCUACAAGGCGUGA